AGACGUUCCCACACUUGGUCAAGUAUCAGGAAACACGAUCAAGGUUUUGGAUAAGUAUGUUUAUGCCUAUUUGGGCAUACCUUACGCUAUGUCUCCUGUAGGCCUACUAAGAUUUCAAGAACCACAACCCACAAAAGCGUGGAAUGAUGUUUAUAAUGCUACAGAGAAAAAGGCAUCUUGUAUGCAAGAUUCAAGUCUUAAUUCCGGAGAAUGGCUUAAUCGCGAUCCAAAAGAUAUUAGUGAAGAUUGUCUUUAUAUAAAUCUCUGGAUCCCAACCGUUAAUGAGGAAGACAAACCAUUCUCAACUAUGGUUUGGAUACAUGGUGGAGGAUUCCGCAGUGGAUCCUCAAACAUGGAUGUAUACGAUGGUGCCCUUCUGGCAUCAAUUGGCAACGUCAUCGUGGCAUCAUUUAAUUAUCGUUUAGGUGCAUUCGGGUAUGCAAAUUUUGAUCACGAAGAAGCACGAGGAAAUAUGGGAAUGCUGGAUCAAGUUAUGGCAUUGAAAUGGAUACAUCAAAAUAUAGAAGCAUUCGGUGGGGAUAAAGACACUAUUACAAUUUGUGGAGGAAGUGUAGGAGCUACAUCAGUUGCUCAUCAUUUACUUUCACCUUUAACGAAAGGACUGUUCAAGAGGGCUAUACUGCAAAGUGGGAGCAAUUAUCAUAAGUUUUGGGCUGUUGAUCCCGAAGUAAAUAUUAGAAAAACUGAAUUAAUCUCGAAAGAAUUGGGAUGCAACGGAAACGAAUUAUUAAAUUGUAUGAGAGAUGUGAAUGCUGAGGAUAUUGCAACUACAGAGAAGAAUUACUUCGAAGCUAAGCAAAGUAUGUUCAGUUUUCUACCACAGAAAGGGAGCCCUUACCUUCCAGAAGAUCCAUUUGUUGCAAUCGAUUCCGGAAAGUUUCACGAAGUAGAUGUUCUGAUAGGCGAAGUCAGCGACGAAGGAUCAUUCUUUCUAUCAAUGCUCAAACCAGAAUUCAUUCGCGAAGAUGACCCAAAAUUGAAAAAGUCAGAAGCCAAAGACCUUUUAAGUAAAUUCUACGAAACAGAAGGAGAAUCUCUCGAUCGCAUAGAACAAGAUUAUUUAGACGUUUCCGAAGAAGACUACCACAGUAUCCUCAAAAACACGAUAAUGGCAUUUGGUGAUGGUUUAGUUACUUGUCCCAUAAUUCAUUUAGCAAAGAAACUUUCGAGUGGCAACCGAAAUAUAUAUCAUUACACGUUCAAUCACACUCGAAUCAAAUCGGGAACAAAGAAGUGGAUGGGAGUACCACAUAGCGAAGAUGUAUAUUUUGUGUUCGGGAUGCCUUUCGUGAAUGAAGACGAAUACACAACAGAAGAAUUAGAGUUCAGCAAAAGCAUUAUUGACAUGUGGACCUCUUUUGCAAAAACAGGGAAACCUUCCUCAGCGAACGUGGAUGAAGAAUGGAAGGUAUUCGACCAAGAAGAUCGUAAUUCGUUCUCACUUACUCUAGGAAACAUCCAUUCAGUUAAGACAGAAGUGAAUGAAAAAUGCAAAGUUUGGAUGAAUUUACAAAAAAAUUAA